UCGGGGAAGUCCUAUAUUGCGAACUUCUUGUCUGAUGCCGUCGAACAGGGGAAUAUUGAAUACAGACCUACCAAAGGUGUUCGUAUACUAGAAUAUGAUCUAAUGGCUAAACACGACACAAAAAUGACCAAAGUUGAGCUACAAUUGUGGGACACUAGUGGAAGUAAACGAUACCAGAACUGCUGGCCAGUGAUUUUCAAGGGGGCACAUGGACUUGUACUGGUGUAUAACGCUGACCAACCAAACCAUGCUAAUGAAUUAGAGGAGUGGUAUGAAACUGCCAUAUCGCAAUCGUUAGUAAAAGAUUCUAACUGCUGCUUGAUGCAACACGCUCUACCACAAACAACUGAUAAGAACAACGUUGACCUUCCUCAAAAACUUAGCAAUCUCACAAUUAUUAAAUCCCGACUCCCAAGUCAUGGCGACUCCUUGAGGGAAGCGUUCUCAAAGUUUGUGGGUCGACUACUGAGUAAUUUGUCAGAAGCCACGGAACAAGAGGAACUAACUAUAAUUAAUUCGUAG